UGCUUCUCCCCCUCAGAUCAUUGUCACCCCGUGACACAAGUCUCUUUAAAAAAAUCUUCCCACGUCCUUCUUGCUAAUUUGCCUACAGAAGAUUGUAGUAAAUGCUUGAUCAAACACGUUGGCAUGUCUGGAUAAGGCUGGAGAUUCUUCAAAUGGUUUGAGAUUAAGUAGUUGCGCAAUGCCACCCAGCAAGACACGACGAUAAAACACAGCGAAACUGCCAUGCCAUGUUCUAGUUAGCCUAUCUAAAGAUAUGCGUAAAAUCAAGGAACUGAAACUGUUUCCUGGACUAGGUAUGUUGUAAACACAGAGGCGUGGUUAGCCCCACUGUUAUGUUUAGGUUUUGGGCAACGAGACACUCGGACAAAACCUCUCCAAGCGGCGGGUUGUCAACAAGGGCAGGAUGGGGGUGGUCACUGGCGUGCUUCUGCGUUUGGCAACACUCCUGCCCUCUGGCUUCUCCAUUUGGACAGUGUUGUGUGUGAUUGGCCUGGCCCUGGUGCUCUUCAUCUCCACACAAGUGGUCCUGGUGUCCACAAGACGGAGCCGACUGAGCUGCUUCGCUCUACCUCCGACACGCAACUGGCUUCUGGGCCACAUGGGCAUAAUGCAGAGUCAUGAGGAGGGCUUCAGGUCUGUGGAUGAGCUGGUGAGGACCUAUCGCCACUCCUGCGCCUGGUUCCUGGGACCCUUCUACAACCUGGUGCGCUUCUUCCACCCCGACUACAUCAAACCUCUCCUGCUAGCCCCUGCGUCUGUAACUAUCAAGGACGAGCUGUUCUACGGGCUAAUGAGACCAUGGCUUGGCCAGAGUCUGCUCCUGAGUAACGGAGAGCAGUGGUCUCGCCAGAGGAGGCUCCUCACCCCAGCCUUCCACUUUGACAUCCUCAAGAGCUACGUCCUCAUCUUCAACCAGUCGGCCCACAUCAUGCAUGCAAAAUGGCGCCGCCUGGUGGAUGGAGGACAGGACUGCCUGGAGAUGUUUGAACAGCUCAGUCUCAUGACCCUCGACAGCCUCCUGAAAUGCGUCUUCAGCUACGACAGCCACUGCCAAGAGGAGUCGAAUGAGUACAUCUCAGCCAUAAUGAAGCUGAGUGUGCUGGUGGUGAAGCGUCAGAGGCGUCUGGCCCACCACUGGGACAGUGUCUACUGGCGCUCCCCCGAGGGGAAGGAGUUCCGUCAGGCCUGUGAGGUGGUGCACGGCUUCACCGCCAGCGUCGUCCAGCAGCGCCGUGCCGAACUGGAGCAGCAGGGGGCAGCAGAGAGCCACCAGGUAGCCAAGGAGAAGGAGAAGGAGGAGGAGGAUGGGGUGCGCAGAAGAGUCACAGACUUCAUAGAGCUGCUGCUUCAGUCAAAGGAUGAGGAUGGCAAUGGCCUGACAGACGAGGAGAUAAAAGCUCAGGCAGACACCUUCAUGUUUGCAGGCCACGACACCACUGCCAGUGCCAUCUCCUGGGUCCUGUAUAAUCUGGCGCGCCAUCCUGAGUACCAGCAGCGCUGUCGAGACGAGGUCAACGCCCUCCUGGAGGACAGGGAUCAAGACGACAUCCUGUGGGAUGACCUGACCAACAUGCCGUUCACCACCAUGUGCAUUAAGGAGAGCCUUCGCCUCCACCCGCCGGUCGCGGCCCUCUCCCGGGCCUACUCUGUAGACAAGACCGUGCCCGGAGACCGUACUGUACCCAAGGGAAGCAUCUGCCUUGUGAGCAUUUACGGGACCCAUCACAACCCAACUGUGUGGCCUGAUCCAGACGUGUAUAACCCGAUGCGCUUUGAGAAUUUAAAAGGCUCCUCCCCCUACUCCUUCAUCCCCUUCUCUGCUGGCCCAAGGAACUGCAUUGGCCAGAAGUUCGCCAUGGUGGAGCUGCGGGUUGCCGUGGCGUUGACCCUGAGGCGGUUCCGGCUGACAUCCGAGGGGCCGGAGGCCAGGAGGCUGUACUCCCUCGUCAUGAGGGCGGAGGGGGGCAUCCACCUCCACCUGGAGCCCCUACACCCUCCGCAUCCUCCGCAGUCUCCUCCAUCUCCAGUACCUGAGGAAGCCUAAACCAGCUGUGGCCUAGUGGUUAGAGAGUUGGUCUUUCAAUCUAGGAGUUACCGGUUUGAAUCCCCCCUGAUCUCUCCCUACAUCCACAUCCAUGGCUGAAGUGCCCUUGAGCAAGGCACCUAACCCCACAUUGCUCAAGGGACUGUAACCAAUACCCUGAAAAAUGAUAGUUGUAAGUCACUUUGAAUGAAUGAAAGCGUCAGCUAAGUCUAAUGUAACAGUGCAACACUGCCAGUCUUUUGAAGAUUGGAGCGGUUGCGCAGUUGUUAGUUCAUUGUUUUUUUUUUAAAUUGGUGGUCAGUCAUCACGCAUUUUGCACUUUUCUAAAUUUGAGUGGAUAGAAUUUAUUCACCGUACUUGUGCUUUGAAUGUUUCUGAAUGAAUGAAUAGCACAAUUUGCACAAGUUGUUUUUUGGUUGUUUUUUUAUCAACUGUGAAACUGAAAUUGUUAAACUACUGAAAUUGGUUUUAUUAACUUUUGGAUUUAAUGCCUGAAAACACAUUUCCUAUUAUGAGUCUGUUAUUACCAGAUGUGGCAAUGAGCAAUUUAUUUGUAAUUGUAAUUGAUUUGUAUAUUUGUUGGCUCCCUGUUAGCUUUGGAAAUGCCACAGCUAUUCUUCCUGGAGUCCACUUAUUCAAUAAAAUCAGUUCAUCAAAGUGAUGUCAUUAAAAAUUACAAAUGAAAAUUAAACAAAGAAUCAAUACAACAUAUUAAUUACAGUACAUA